AUGCAACUCACAGCCUUCCUCCCCCUCCUCGGCCUUGCCACCGCCCUCCCCGCCACCAACAACUUAGCCAACAGCAAGACAAUCACACAAGAGAUUGCCUGGAAGGUGUCAAACUUCAAGCUGGGCUGUUCCUCCGGUGGCUGCUACUACGACUUCAACAUUACCGGCAGCGGCAACAGCUACACCCCCAAGUUUAACACGCACUGCAAAGGCCCCGAGAACAAGAAGGUCUACUGCGACGACAAGAACAUCACGACCACUGUUGCGCCGUCCGGUAAUCCCGUCUGGGCCGUUGACAUUACCCACCGCUGGAAUACCUACCUCGAUGCUGAGCACCAUGAUCUCGCGACUUGGUACCAGGAGGGCGUGAAGAAUGUGACGGUGAAGGACCACAAGCCAUUCAACUUCACUAUGAAGCCUACUGAGGAGUAUGGUGUUGCGUAA